UUUUUCACAUUAAUAAUUUAAUACUAACAUUGAUUCCGCAAAUUACUCGGAAGCUAUUGUUUAUUAUUGGUGUUUUAUAAAAAUCUGUAAAUGUUUUGGGAGUGAAAGGCAAUGCUAUGCAAAUAUCAGUAAUUUAUGAAUUUAAUUUAUAUAUUUAUUUUAAAAUUUCGAAACGGUAUCUUAACACAUAAUUAUAGAUUCUCAGGUUUACGGGAGCGACACAUUAUAAACUAUAAUAAACCUUCUCAGUUUUUGAGCAGAUGUCGCCACAUUCCGGUAUAAUCCUUCACUUUUGACGUUUAAAAUUGAAGGUUACGUUACGAAUAAUCUGUUUUUCUGUUAAUUUUGCCGGUUAAUUAUAAGUGCAGUUAAGUUUAUUUAUGUUCGGAAAAAAUGUAAGUAUAUAUACUGAAAGAACGAAGAAAAUCGGCGCAAAGGAACAUAAUAUUUCAAUUAAUUGCCCAAUUCUGGAAACCUAAACAUGGCACCUACAAAACGUUUUUACUCAAAGAACGAAGGUAAACCUAAGAAAAGAAAAAAAGACGAUGAAGAAGAAUGGGCAAUGGAAGACGACGAUUCUAACGAUGUAGAAGGAGCUGUUGUACCAGGGGCUGCAGGUCGUAAUGCCGAAAAUAAUGAUCAAGGCGUUCAAGAAGAUGAAUUUGGAGCCAAAGAUUAUAGGUCGCAAAUGAUAUUGAAAUCCGAUCACAAUUCUCGUCCUUUAUGGGUUGCUCCUAAUGGACAUAUAUUUCUUGAAUCAUUUUCCCCUGUUUAUAAACAUGCCCAUGAUUUUUUGAUAGCCAUAUCAGAACCUGUAUGCAGGCCAGAAUUUAUUCAUGAAUACAAACUUACUGCAUAUUCUUUGUAUGCUGCUGUUAGUGUUGGACUUCAGACUCAUGACAUUAUUGAAUAUUUAAAAAGAUUAAGCAAAACAAGCGUACCUGAAGGCAUAGUGGAAUUUAUUAAACUGUGCACUUUAUCUUAUGGAAAGGUUAAGCUUGUAUUGAAACAUAAUAAGUAUUUUGUUGAGAGUCCUUACCCAGAGGUGCUGCAGAAAUUGUUAAAAGAUCCCGUGAUACAAGAAUGUCGAUUGAGAAGAAAUGCAGAAAAUGAGUCCGAUGUAGAUGGUUUAAUUACACAAAUCCAAGACAAGAAAAGCAUUCCAACUUUUGGGACAAAACCUAGUACUUCUGACCAGAGCACGGAGAGUACCACUGUAGUACCAGAUGAUAUCACAAAUUUUUACGAAAAAAUGGAUAAUGAGGAAGACGACGAAGAAGAGGCGGCUUUAAAUACUGUUUCUUUCGAAGUGAACCAGGAAAAAAUUGAAGUCUUACAAAAACGCUGUAUUGAACUUGAACAUCCUCUUUUAGCUGAAUAUGAUUUUCGAAACGACACAGUCAAUCCGGACAUUAACAUUGAUUUAAAACCAUCAGCAGUAUUACGUCCUUACCAGGAAAAAAGUCUACGCAAAAUGUUCGGUAAUGGUCGUGCAAGAUCUGGUGUAAUCGUCUUACCAUGUGGUGCCGGUAAAUCAUUAGUAGGCGUAACGGCCUGUUGUACCGUACGCAAAAGGGCUCUUGUGUUAUGUAAUUCAGGCGUUUCCGUCGAACAAUGGAAACAACAAUUCAAAAUGUGGUCAACAGCGGACGAUAGUAUGAUUUGUCGUUUUACUUCUGAAGCUAAAGACAAGCCGAUGGGCUGCAGCAUCUUGGUCACCACGUAUUCCAUGAUUACCCAUACGCAAAGACGUUCAUGGGAAGCAGAACAAACGAUGAAGUGGCUUCAAGAACAAGAAUGGGGGAUUAUGGUCUUAGAUGAAGUCCACACUAUUCCAGCCAAAAUGUUUAGAAGAGUUUUAACCAUCGUCCAGUCCCAUUGCAAACUUGGUCUUACAGCAACUUUACUUAGAGAAGAUGACAAAAUUGCAGAUCUUAAUUUUCUCAUUGGACCGAAAUUGUAUGAAGCAAAUUGGUUGGAACUUCAAAAAAGAGGGUUCAUUGCUAGAGUCCAGUGCGCUGAAGUGUGGUGUCCCAUGACUCCCGAAUUCUAUCGCGAGUAUCUCGUUUGUAAAACGAGCAAAAGGCUUUUGCUAUAUGUGAUGAACCCCCACAAGUUUCGGGCAUGCCAAUACCUGAUUCGAUACCACGAAAGAAGAGGAGACAAGACCAUUGUCUUCUCUGAUAACGUAUUUGCUUUAAAGCAUUACGCAAUUAAAAUGAACAAGCCUUACAUUUAUGGUCCCACCACUCAAAGUGAACGGAUUCAAAUUUUACAAAACUUCAAAUUCAAUCCGAAAGUCAACACUAUCUUUGUCAGUAAAGUGGCUGACACUUCUUUUGAUUUACCAGAAGCUAACGUCUUGGUACAGAUCUCGUCCCAUGGUGGGUCCAGGAGGCAGGAAGCGCAACGUUUGGGGCGUAUUCUUCGAGCUAAAAAAGGAGCCAUUGCUGAAGAAUACAACGCUUUCUUUUAUACCCUCGUUUCUCAAGACACCAUGGAGAUGAAUUAUUCAAGAAAACGACAAAGGUUUUUGAUAAAUCAAGGAUACAGUUAUAAAGUAAUUACAAAGCUUGCUGGCAUGGAAGAGGAACCGGACUUAAUGUACAAAACAAGGGAAGAACAGGGACAACUGUUACAACAAGUACUAGCUGCAAGUGAUAUUGAUUGCGAAGACGAGAAAAUUCCCGGCGAAGGGGGCCCAAGAGGAGGAAGCAGUGCCACAAGGAGGGCCGGCCAUUUAAGCUCCAUGUCUGGAGCAGAUGAUGCUGUUUAUUACGAAUACAAAAAGAGUGCAUCGUCUUCAACAGCAGUGAAGCAUCCUCUCUUUAAAAAGUUCAGACAUUAAAAAUUUUAGUGAAUUGUAGAGGUGGAAGACCCCGGCAAUGGCCUUUAUUUUAUCUAAUAUUAAGCAUGAACAGAUAAAGAAAACAAUUCUACAUGGGCCAUAAUAGAACUACAGGGUGAUUUGAAAUCUCACAGUGAUUCGCCGUUUGAAGGUCAAUUC